AUGGAGAGAGACCUGAAUCUCAGCAGGGCAGAAACCUUUUCAUACCUUAAUCCCUGCAUCCGUUAUUUUCUGUUCCUCUUCAGUUUCUUAUUUUGGGUGUUUUCUUUAUGUAUUGUAGCUAUAGGAAUAUAUGCUACAGUUCAGAAAGCAGCAGGCCCAGUUCGAGACACAUUCCUCAUUGAUCCAGCCAUCAUAUUAAUAGUGGUGGGUGUUGUCAUGUUUUUCAUCACCUACUGUGGAUGCAUCGGAGCACUGCAAGAAAACAUUCACCUCCUUAAAACAUUUUCUUUCAGCCUCUCUCUCGUCUUCCUCACCCAACUGAUAAUAGCAAUCCUGAGCUUCUUUUACUCUGAGCAGACACAGGAUGCUCUGGGAGAAUUUGUGAAGAAAGCCAUUGUGCAUUACCACGAUGACCUGGACCUUCAGAAUGUCAUGGAUUACAUUCAGCAAGAGUUUAGAUGUUGUGGCUGGAACAACUACACUGACUGGUCCUGGAACAUCUACUUUAAAUGCAAUCAGAGUAACCCAAACAAGGAGAGAUGUGCAGUUCCUUUAUCCUGUUGCACCCCCGUACCAAGAGAGACUGUGAUCAAUCCCAUGUGUGGUUUUGGGGUUCAAACCCAAAAGUACUUGGAGGCUGCACAGUCCAUUUACACAGAAGGAUGUGCAGACGGAGCAGUGACGUGGAUUGAAUCUCACCUGCUUUUAGUCGGGACUCUGGCUUUGGGGCUGGCUCUACCACAGAUUGCAGGUAUUGUGCUGUCUCAGACGCUUGUGUCUCAGAUCCAGAAUGAGGUAAACUAAUUGGUGUAGAGAUAACAGAAGAGAUGACUCAUCACCUGGCUGGAUUAAUACAGUUCAGAAAUAAGCCCAUUAUUUGGAUGUGUUCUUAAUGUAUACUUACAUUUUUAACUAAUCUUUUUU